CAAUACCUCACAAGAGCAUAAACCCACAACCCACACUUAGCGUAAAAAAAAAUCACCAAAUCCCAAUACCUCACAAGAGCAUAACCCACACUUAGCGUAAAAAAAAAUCACCAAAUCACAAUACCUCACAAGAGCAUAAACCCACAACCCACACAGCGUUUAAAAAUCACCAAAUCACAAUACCUCACAAGAGCAUAAACCCACAACCCACACUUAGCGUUAAAAAAAAUGGCUUGCAAUGCACUAACACUUACCAUCCUUAUUGCAGACUGUGGUGGUUGCAACAUGAAGUUCUCGCACCCGCUGUAUUACCGGAUGCACUGCUCUGUCUUCCACGACCCAAACUAUUCACUUACCAUCCGCAAGUACCACUGCAAGGUGUGUGGCCUGGCGGUGUUAGGGAAAGAGAACAUAAUGCGCCACGCAGCUGAGCAACACGAGGGGCGUGGUGCCUACCAGUGCCAAUACUGCAAGAAGGUACGUUUCGGCAUGAUCCUGCAUGGCCCUUUGCCUGGUCCUGGCAUGAGAUUUUUAGUGAGUGGUGCUGCAACUCCAGAAGACAUAACGUGACUGAUACUCCGGGUUGUUCCGGGGAUAAGAAAGAGUUCAAGGAAGUACUCAUUUCUGAUGGUGAUAGUCAAACAUAUAACUGUUAUGGUAAUGUUUCAUUUUAAUUAUCUGUUUUGUUUUUUGUCUUGUCAAUUAGGGUUACGUUAUUUUUCAAAAUCGUUGUUUCAUAAUGAACAUGGAAAAGACCAUUUCUCCAUUCAUUAAUAUCUAACAUUUUCUACCGACUAUUUUUACGUCAGAAUCACAUUUAUAAUGUUUAUUCCAAAAGGUCAAUCUAGAACUAAAUGAAAUAAAAACAGGAAUGAAAAUAGCAUUUUUUAUAUGUUACAGUAACUUUGGAGAUACAUUGUAUGUAUUAUUGUCCUUUUGUGCCAACUUUCAAAAAAAUGAGACAAAAAGAUCAUUUUUCCCAAGUGCAAUUAUGUUUUAAUGGUUUCUUGCUGCCGUAAGGAAAAAAGAUACGAGAAAACAAAGCUCUGUAAGGCUUUAUUGUGCAGUUACAUGAAUCUAUAUAUGCAAAGACAGCAGGAUUUAAUAUUUUC